AUGAAGAUCCUGGUAUUUUUAAUUCGUGGAGAAAGUGACAUUCAUCUGUUAGAUGAUGGAGAGGUUUUUGAAGUUGGAGGCCGCUCAUUCAAGUGGAAGUUUCCAUGUUCAUCUAAUUGUAUGUUUGAUGAAAAACCAAGUGAAAUUGUUAACAAUAUUUGUGUACAGGCUGAUGAAACCUUAAGUGAAGGUGUUAGUAAUGUUUGUGUACAGGCUGAUGAAGCCAUAGGUGAAGGUGAUAACAAUAUCUGUGUACCGGCUGAUGAAGACCUAGGUGAAGGUGAUAACAAUAUUUAUGUAAAGGCUUAUGAAGACCUAUGUGAAGGUGAUAACAACAUUUGUGUAAAGGCUUAUGAAGCUUUAGGUGAAGGUGAUAAUAAUAUUUGUGUACAGGCUGAUGAAGUCUUAGGUGAAGGUGAUAACAAUAUUUGUGUACAGGCUGAUGAAGACCUACGUGAAGGUGAUAACAACAUUUGUGUAAAGGCUUAUGAAGCUUUAGGUGAAGGUGAUAAUAAUAUUUGUGUACAGGCUGAUGAAGUCUUAGGUGAAGGUGAUAACAAUAUUUGUGUACAGGCUGAUGAAGACCUACGUGAAGGUGAUAACAACAUUUGUGUACAGGCUGAUGAAGUCUUAGGUGAAGGUGAUAACAAUAUUUGUGUACAGGCUGAUGAAGCCUUAGGAGAAGGUGAUAACAAAAUUUGUGUACAGGCUAAUGAAGCUUUAGGUGAAGGUGAUUACAAUAUUUGUGUACAGGCUGAUGAAGCCUUAGGUGAAGGUGAUAACAAAAAUUUUGUACAGGCUGAUGAAGACUUAGGUGAAGGCAUUAACAAUAUUGGUGUACAGAAUGAUGAAGACCUAGGUAAAGGCAUUAACAAUAUUGGUGUACAGAAUGAUGAAGACCUAUGUAAAGGCAUUAACAAUAUUUGUGUACAGAAUGAAGACCUAGCUAAAGGCAUUUACAAUAUUUGUGUACAGAAUGAUGAAGACCUAGGUAAAGGCAUUAACAAUAUUUGUGUACAGAAUGAUGAAGACCUAGGUAAAGGCAUUAACAAUAUUUGUGUACAGAAUGAUGAAGACCUAGGUAAAGGCAUUAACAAUAUUUGUGUACAGAAUGAUGAAGACCUAGGUAAAGGCAUUAACAAUAUUUGUGUACAGAAUGAUGAAGACCUAGGUAAAGGCAUUAACAAUGUUUGUGAACAGAAUGAUGAAGACCUAGGUAAAGGCAUUAACAAUAUUUGUGUACAUGCUGAUGAAGCCUUAGUGGAAGGUGAUAACAAUAUUUGUGUACAGGCUGAUGAAGAAUUAGAUCACAAUAUUAUCAAGAUAAUUGUGCAAUCUGAUGAAGAACCAAGUGAUGAUGUUUACAAGAUGAAUAUGCAGACUGAUGAGGACUCAAAUGAAGAUAUUUACAAAAUUAAAGCCCAGACUGAGUCACCAGCAGUAAGCAUGCCUGAUUGCCAAAGAAAGGUCUUUUUUUGUGGUGUUCAACCUAACAAUGGUUUCCUGAUGUUGUUUAAGAAGUAUGUGCUUACAGAAAAUGUAGAUGAGGCACAUAUCAUAGUUGUCAAGGCAUCUGCACAUGGACAGACAGACUGCUCCUGUGUUGAAUUGUUUGAAAGCUUGGUGCAGAGGGAAAAAACAAUAUUAAGCUACAAAUGGAUAAAGGAAUCUUUGCUUGCAGGCAACAUACUUGAUAUGGAGAACUUCACGGUCAAGAGCUUGAAGCAAUAUGGUGAAAUUUGUAAAAAAGUUAACUUUGAAACAUUUGAGUUUGAAAUAAGGGGAGAGAAGUGGAUGGACAUUACAAAAGGUCAAGUUUCAAGACUGUUGAAGCAUAUGGGUGGCCUUCCUGUUAUCCAUGCUACGGCUGACACAGUUGUUAUAUGUGCUGAUGAUAUGCUGCAUACUUCCAGUCAGUGUGUGUCAAAGGAAUGGAUAUUUGAAUGCAUAGUGAGAGGGAAAAUAAUUCGUCAGCAUUUACUCAAUGCUAACCAAAAUGAUAUUGUAUAUGAGAGUGAUGAAUCAAGUGUGUUAAGUUUUCCGAUGCUGGACAAGGUGUUGGUUGAGACAUCAGGGUCACUAAAGGGGAAGCGAACACUGAAAAAGCAAUGUUGCAUUUAUUGUGAAAAACUGGACUACAAAUUAUCCAGACAUAUGGAAAUGUACCACCAUGAUGAAUUAGAAGUUGCUAAAAUUCUCAGCCUAAAGAAGGGUUCAAGGGAGAGAAAAAGUGCCUGGGCAGCACUUACGGCAAAGGGUAAUCAUCUCCACAAUUCUAAAGUACGUGAAAAAGGAGUAGGCAUUCUGAUUCCUAAAUACCGACCAAGUAGCACACAGGAACAGAAAAGAUAUUUGCCAUGUGAAUACUGCAGAAUGCUUUUUGUCUCUAGCGAUCUGUGGAAACAUCACCAUAGAUGUGUCAAAAAACCUGAGGGUGAGAAAAGCGAUGGACCUGUUCACAAUGCCAGACUGCUGCUUCCAGUAUCUGCAGAAGUCAGUAAAGAGUUCCAUGAAGCAGUAAUUGUAAAAAUAAGAGAUGAUGCCAUAGGGUGCAAAGCUAAAUCAGAUCCAUCUAUAACUGCAUUUGGGGAAAGGCGGUAUGAAAAAACAGGUAAACAUGAACAUACUCAUGCACACAUUGCCUGCAGAAUGCGUGAAUUAGCCAGGUUGGUUUUGGCAAUGAGUAAAAAGAAUUCAUCUGCUGAUACUUUAUUGAAAUGUAUACAACCAGUGUUGUGGAGCUCGCUGUUAAAAACAAUCAAAGAGGAGGCUGGAUUUAACCCAGAAACGCAGACUUUGUCAAGUCCUUCAUAUGCGGAAAAAGUUGGUCAUUCCUUAAAAAAAACUGCCAAAAUGCUAAGAACUAAAGCCUCAGAAGCUGGGGAUGAUGCGAUGAAGGAGAGAAUGGAUUGUUUCAUAGAUAUGUAUAAUGACGAGUAUUUUGAUAGGAUUGGAUUUAUGGCAAGAGAAACUUUGACCUCAGCUAAUUUCAAUAAAAUUAAGUUGUUGCCCUUGGUGGAAGAUGUUGCCAAAUUGUCAAAUUACUUAGUAAAGCAAGUGAAUAAUAUCAAAGGGGAUAAAACAGGCACAUUAUAUGCUUACACAAAUCUUUGUAAAUUGCUCCUUUCACAAAUUAUCUUAUUUAAUAGAAAACGUGCAGGAGAAGUUGAAAGAUUGAAAAAGGAGGAUUUUUUAAAAUGUUCAGUAAACCAAAAUGUAGAUGAAGAAAUAAAAAAAAGUCUCACUGAAUUUGAAAAACAUUUAUGCCAUUCUCACCUGAGAGUCGAAACCAGAGGGAAGAGGGGGAGAAAAGUUGCCAUCCUGUUUACACAGACAAUGAAGGCAAAUAUAGAUCAUCUGCUUCAAUUGCAAUCUGAAUUAAAUAUCAACAGCAAGUAUGUUUUUAUAAGACCAAAUGGUAAAAUGCCAUUCAGGGGUGCUGAUGUAUUGAGAGAAGUUUCUCUUCAAGCAGACCUUAAACAUGCAAAGAGAAUAACCUCCACAAGCUUGAGAAAGCAGCUUGCCACAAUGUGCCAGGUUUUGAAUUUGACUGAGAGCAGCCAAGACAUAUUGGCAAGGUUCAUGGGGCACGAUAUAAGAAUUCACCGUGCAUACUAUCGAUUACCACAAAGCACACUUGAAGUGGCUAAAGUUUCUAAAAUUCUUCAUCUAUUCAACACUGGGAAGAUUACACAAACUGAUGUGGAUCUGCAGGACAUUGAUGUCCAAACAUUUGUUGAGGAAGAAGAACCAAGUGAUGAAGAUGAUGAACAUAAUUCAGCUUCACCUUCUACCACCAUAUGUGAGAAAACAAGGAAAGCUGAAUCUAGACCUAGAUUUGGUCUUAGAAUGGAGGAAUCAGAUGCUGAUGAAAAUGAUGAUGUGGGUAAAGACCCAGAUUGGAUGUACAAUAAAAGAAAAGAUGCACCAAGCAGUGAUGAUGCAGAUGAUGAAAGACAACCCGAGAGAAAAAAGAGAAAAGUUGGUAUCAGAAUCAAGUGGACACAAAAACAAAAAGAAAUAGUGAGAGGUGCCUUUGAACAACACAUCCAUCUUGGCAAAUUACCUGGAAAAACUGAAUGUGUAAACCUGAUUACACAAAAUGUACAUCUGAGAAAUAGAACCUGGAAAAAUAUUAAAGACUUUGUAAGGAAUCAAACAGUUGUUUUAAACAGGACAUUAAGAUCAAAGAAAAAAUAGUGCAAAUGAUAAACAUAGCCUUGACUAAUUCAUUGGCUCAACUUUUUUAAGAAGAAAAACAUAGAGGUAUUGCUACAUUCAUAUCUGUGUUCAUGUUGCUGUUGCUGUUUACAAACUAAAAUAUUGAUCAUAUUUAUUUUAUUUUUUUUUUGUGAAUUGCCUUGUACUUUGAUACAAAAUCCCUUGGGACAAGACCUGCAUGUACAGACCUACUUAAGAAUAUUUUGACCCACAGUCUUCAUAUUUGGCAUGUAGGUUAGUCAUGAUUAUAAAAUGACCCCUAUUGAUUUUGAGGUCACUGCAUGGGUAUUGAUUUUUAGGUGAAUUUGUCAAAGGUCAAGGUCACAGGGGUUUUUACUACAAUGUGCUUGCUUGCUCAAAUGCUUAAGAAUGCUUGUCCACAGUGUAUUGAUUUUGAUGUCAGAGGUCCUUGAGUCUAAACAGCUUGUAUGUUUAGUAGCUCAAGAAUGCUUUGGUCGGCAGUCUUCAUAUUUGGCAUAGUCUUGGUCAUGCCCAAUUCCCCCUCACAACAAAGUUGUAAGGAGGACAUACUGGAAUCAGCUUUUCUAUCUCUUAGGUUUUGCAGGUCUGCCCUAAAUCAGUUGACACGGUUCUACUCCAAGAAAAAAACAUUCCAAAUGAUGCUCUGAAUCAUCAAAUUUUCAUACUACAACCAAAACAAUAUCCAAGUCUACGUAUCAUCAUUUUGUCUAUUCACAAGCACCCGAGAACAUCAUUGCAGAUAUUUCUUCCAAGUUUAGACCUGAACUCAUUCAAGCCCUUCCUCGAGUAGUUCAUACAAUUGCUACUGGAGACUUCACAUACAAUAUAACAACAACAAAAACAGGACUUGCAAAGAUUUCACCAAUCUAUUACAUUACUAUCAAUUCCAGCUCCAACCCAUCAGAAAGGAGUAAUUGAGAAUAUUUAGGUAACCUUUGAUUCAGCAGAAAUUUAUUCUGAUAUGAUACCAACCUAUUUCAGUGACCACUUUGUGCUUGGUGUAGUAAUACCAAUCCACCAUUUAUAAAAUCUGCAGUUUUCACUUACCUGUUAGUAUUAACAUUUCAUUCUCCAACUAUAUAUUCACAUUUGAAGCAUAUACUUAUUUCUCCUAUAUUCAUUAUACUACACCCCAAGCAAAGCUGCAUGAAUGGGAGUGGUGUAUUCAAGUCAUGCAGGGGCAGUUAUUGUUUUGAGGUAAGUAGGUCAAAGGUAAAGGUCACUGAUCUUUGUCACUAUAAACAUGUAGAAUACAUAACUUAGCAAUGCAAUGGCUUACUCCCGUCAGAUUUGGCAGGGAGAUUAUCCUUGAGCUCUAAAUGACCACUGCUGAUUCUGACAAAGCAGUAUGUGGGGGUAUUCACACUAUGACAGUGGCAGUUCUAGUUAAUACUUAAACAAACCAGUUCAGCUGGAGCUUAGAUAUUUGGCAAGAAAUGUUCCCAGUUAGACCUGUAAAAAUAUUGUUCAGGUUAUUGCCCUGGAGUCAAAAUUGACCUCUGAUUUGGAUUAUUUUUCAUGACAUAUACAUAAAUUAAAUAUUAUAAAACUAUCACUGUGAAUAUCUACUAUUUCUGUCAUAAAAAAAAAAUUGGCACAUGUACACUUUCUUAAAAAGAUUCCGUCCUUUUCUUUAUUUUUUCAAGAUUUAAAAGUUUUCUGCUUUUUUUCUUAACUUUAAAAUUAUUUUUGUUUAUAUUGUGAUUUAUUUAUGAUAUUUAUAGAUAUAUUUAUUUGUAUUGUUGAAAGGAAGCUUAAAAUUUGCAUUAUCAAUUGUUAGAAAUACAGACCUUUUGGA